ACACCUUGCUAGUUGUUAUAUUACAGUAUUUUGAAACUCUCACAACAUUGCAACUAUGUCAAACAAAACGGAGAUGAAUCUAACUGGAGUCAAACAAAGUCAAACCGUGUGGCUUGUGAAGGUUCCCAAGUAUUUAUCUCACCAAUGGGACAAGGCCUCCGAAAAGGGAGAAGUUGGAAAGAUAACUAUUGGAAAGAAGCAAGGGAAAACAGAGGUGAGUUUCCGUCUGAAUGUGGAGCUGACCACCAUGGGCGCUGUGGGGGAGAAGGAUGGUUCAGUGCUGGUCCCGAGGGAUCAUCCCUUCACCAUGCAAACUGUGGGCGGACAGACCAUGGCAGUCUACAGCCAGAGCGAUUCAGGUCAGUCUCAGCUGUUCCUGCUCUCCUCGAUAU